AUGACCUACCGUCUGGAUGCUGAUAUCUUUGUCCCAUACUCUCAUCUUGUGUUUAGUCCAAAGCCACUGAAACAAAGACCGGAUUACUAUAAGAUCGCCAAGAGCAAGACAAAGACGGCUGUGUGGAUGGUUAGUAAAUGUUCGACGCCUAACAAGAGACUGGAGUACGUCAAGGAGAUGCAGAAAUACAUCGACGUUGAUAUAUUUGGAGCAUGUGGACAUCCCUGCCCUAGGUCCAACUCCAACUGCAACAACUGGACGACCACAUAUAAAUUCUACCUCUCCUUCGAGAACUCUCAUUGCAAAGAUUAUGUCACCGAGAAAUUCUUCAAGUUAUUUCAGCAAAACGUCCAUGUGAUUCCUGUUGUGAGAGGCGGCGCUGAUUACCACACACACUUUCCCAAUGGUACCUUUAUCAACACUGCUCACUUCGAAACGGCCAAAGAUUUAGCUCUUCAUUUGAAACAUUUGGCUUCUGAUCUAGAGACAUACAGCAAGUACUUAGAAUAUAAGGAUUUAUACAGAAAUACUGGACCAGUCGAUCACUUAUGUAAAUUUUGCUCGUUUUUGCACACUCAUAAUUUACCCGCUUCGAAAGCGUACAAUUUGAAAAGAUGGAUUAAUGACAAUCAUUGUUACAAUCCUACAGAUAUAUAA